GGCGCACAUCCAAAGGGUAUUUUUACCCCUUCGCCCUGCCAUGUCUAUCUAGUAUGCAUGCGCAGUAGUUGACACUCUUGACGUCUCCUUCAGCGUGUCCUUGCGUACAGAGUGCAGAGCAAGACAGAGACACCAUGGCUGCUGUUCCACCAUCAUAUGCUGACCUGGGUAAAUCUGCCAGAGAUAUCUUCAGCAAGGGCUAUGGGUUUGGACUUGUGAAACUCGAACUGAAGACAAAGUCCUCCAGUGGAGUGAUGGAAUUUACUACCACUGGCUCUUCAAACACUGAAACAGGCAAAGCUUCUGGUAACCUGGAAACCAAAUACAAGAUGAAGGACCUUGGGUUGACCUACACUCAGAAGUGGAACACUGACAACACACUUGGGGUAGAGGUUGCUAUGGAGGAUCAGCUGGCCAAAGGAUUGAAGCUCACCUUUGACACUACCUUUGUACCGAACACUGGGAAGAAGAGUGGGAAGAUAAAGACUGGCUACAAACGUGACUACAUUAACCUUGGGUGUGACGUUGACCUGGAUUUGGCUGGCCCAACUAUUCACAGCUCUGCUGUUAUUGGCUAUGAAGGUUGGCUUGCCGGCUACCAGAUGGCAUUUGACACAGCAAAAUCCAAGCUUGUUCAAAAUAACUUUGCACUAGGAUACAAAGCCGGAGACUUCCAGCUACACACAAAUGUGAAUGAUGGCACAGAAUUUGGAGGCUCCAUCUACCAGAAGGUUAAUGAUAAAAUGGAAACUGCAGUUAAUUUGGCCUGGACAGCAGGGAGCAACAACACACGGUUCGGCAUAGCUGCCAAGUACCAACUAGAUGACGAUGCCUCUGUCUCUGCCAAAGUGAACAAUGCAAGUUUGAUUGGAAUUGGCUACACCCAGCGUCUAAGGCCUGGUGUGAAACUGACCCUCUCCACCUUGGUCGAUGGUAAGAAUUUCCAUGCUGGUGGUCACAAGAUUGGUUUGGGAUUUGAACUAGAGGCUUAAAAGGCUUUAUGGAAACAAAUGGUUCUAAUGGGCAAGCAAAACAGCACAGAAGAAACUGAAGAAUAAUAUGAAGUGUGACCAGCCCUAUUCUGUACAUGGUGUUUCCACAACAGACUGUCCUUCGUGAUCUGGUAGAAGACUGUGACUACCAGGCAUAGGUCAUGGUGAUUUUUAGCACCAGAUAUGAGAAGCAUAGCAGCUGCAGUGUGCCACAUGAGGCUUGAUUCAUCACUCCAAGGUUAAUUUAUUUUACUGAAAAAAUGUCCAUAGCAUUACUGUCAAUUAAAUGAACUUUGAAAUAC